CGCCGGUCGCGCGGGCCUGUCCCUUUAAGGGGCCGGUCUCCGGGCCCCUCUGGCCGCGACGCCCGGACGUGCGGAGCCGCCCCGCCCCGAAGCCGCCCGUUUCCUGCGGGGCGGCGCGACGGCACCUGAGCUACUGCGGCGGGGCCUCGGAGCGCUGACCGGGCUGUAGAGCUCGCGCCGCCGCGUCGUCCCGACCCGGCUCCCGGCUACGCAGGGUUUCAUAGGCUCACUUUAAGAAAGCACCAUGGAGUUUUAUGAAUCAACGUAUUUUGUUGUCCUUAUUCCUUCAAUAGUUAUUACAGUCAUUUUCCUUUUCUUCUGGCUUUUCAUGAAAGAAACAUUAUAUGAUGAAGUUCUUGCAAAACAAAAAAGAGAACAAAAGCUGAUUUCUACAAAAACAGAUAAAAAGAAGGCAGAAAAGAAAAAGAAUAAAAAGAAAGAAAUCCAGAAUGGGGCCAUUCAUGAAUCUGAUUCUGAGAAUGUACUUCGGGACUUGAAGUUACCUGAUGCUUCGGCCGGGGAGGAGGAGCAGUUUGUACCUGCUCCACUGAAUGUGCUUGACACUUCCAACAGUGUCAGGGAGAGAAAAAAGAAGGACAAGAAACAGAAACCUCCAGUGGAAGAGCAGAUCAUCAAAGAAAGCGAUGCAUCAAAGAUCUCAGGCAAAAAAGUAGAGCCCGGCCUAGUUACAAAGCAGCCGGCCCCACCUCCCGAAGCAGCUGCCUUGAAGAAGAAAGCAGGGCAGAGGUCUAAAAAUGGAAGCGAUGACCAAGAUAAAAAGGUGGAGACACUGACGGCACCCUCCAAAAAGCCAGACCUGUCCCUUUUCCAUCAAGAGACAAAACAAGAAGCAGGGCCAGGGAAGAGGAAAGGUUUGUCAAAGAAGCAAAAGACAGAGAAUGUCUUGGUAGAUGAGCCUCUUAUUCAUGCAACUGCUUACAUUCCUUCGAUGGAUAAUGCUAACUCAAAUCUCGUGGAUAAGAGAGAGAUUAUUGAUAUGAUUAAACCUGACCAUGUAGAAGGGAUCCAUAAAUCUUCAGCUAAAAAGUUGAAGAUUGAAACUGACAAAGAAAAUGCUGAAGUGAAGUUUAAAGAUUUCCUGUUGUCCUUGAAGACUAUGAUGUUUUCUGAGGAUGAGGCUCUGUGUGUUGUAGACCUGCUGAAGGAGAAGUCUGGGGCAAUAAAAGAUGCUUUAAAGAAGUCAAGUAAAGGAGAGCUGAGUGCUCUUCUACACCAGCUUCAGGAAAAGGAGAGGCUGCUGGCUGCUGUGAAGGAGGAUGCCGCUGCCACAAAGGAGUGCUGUAAGCAGUUAACGCAGGAAAUGAUGACAGAGAAAGAAAGAAGCAAUGUAGUUAUAGCAAGAAUGAAAGAUCGGAUUGGAGCACUAGAAAAGGAACACAGUAUAUUUCAGAACAAAAUGCACGUCAGCUACCAAGAUACUCAGCAGAUGCAGAUGAAGUUUCAGCAAGUUCGGGAACAGAUGGAAGCAGAGAUAGCCCAUUUGAAGCAGGAAAAUGGUAUACUGCGAGAUGCUGUCAGCAACACUGCCAACCAGCUGGAAAGCAAGCAGUCUGCAGAGCUAAAUAAACUGCGUCAGGACUGUGGGAGGCUGGUGAAUGAGCUGAAUGAGAAGACAGGGAAGCUGCAGCAAGAGGGAGUCCAGAAGAAGAAUGCAGAGCAAGCUGCUACCCAGUUGAAGGUUCAACUACAAGAAGCAGAGAGGAGGUGGGAAGAAGUUCAGAGCUACAUCAGGAAGAGAACAGCAGAGCAUGAGGCUGCACAGCAAGAUUUACAAAGUAAAUUUGUGGCCAAAGAAAAUGAAGUCCAGAGUCUGCACAGUAAGCUCACAGACACCCUGGUAUCAAAACAGCAGUUGGAGCAGAGACUGAUGCAAUUAAUGGAGUCAGAGCAAAAGAGGGUGAGCAAAGAAGAGUCUUUGCAAAUUCAAGUUCAGGAUAUUUUGGAACAAAAUGAGGCUUUGAAAGCUCAGAUUCAACAAUUCCAUUCCCAGAUAGCCGCUCAGACCUCCGCUUCAGUUCUAGCAGAAGAAUUACAUAAAGUGAUUGCAGAAAAGGACAAGCAGCUAAAGCAGACUGAGGAUUCAUUAGCAAAUGAACACGAUCACUUAGCAAGCAAAGAGGAGGAGCUUAAGGAUAUACAGAAUAUGAAUUUCUUAUUAAAAGCAGAAGUGCAGAAAUUGCAGGCCCUGGCUAAUGAGCAGGCCGCUGCAGUUCAUGAGGUAGAGAAGAUGCAAAAGAGUAUCCAUGUAAAGGAUGAUAAAAUAAGAUUGCUUGAAGAGCAGCUGCAGCAUGAAAUUGCAAGCAAAAUGGAAGAAUUUAAGAUUCUGAGUGACCAGAACAAAGCAUUACAGUUGGAAGUUCAGAACCUACAGAUUGUUGUUUCUCAACAGCCUAAUAAAGAUAUUAUGGAACAAAUGGAAAAAUGCAUUCAAGAAAAAGAUGAAAAGUUAAAGACGGUUGAAGAAUUACUGGAAACUGGACUUAUUCAGGUGGCCACUAAAGAGGAGGAGCUAAACGCCAUAAGAACAGAAAACUCAACCCUGACAAAAGAAGUUCAAGAGUUAAAGGCCAAGCAGAGUGAGCAGGUUUCUUUCGUGUCUCUAGUUGAAGAACUUAGGAGAGUGAUCCAUGAGAAAGAUGGACAGAUCAAGUCUGUGGAAGAGCUUCUAGAAGUUGAACUUCUCAAAGUUGCUAAUAAGGAGAAAACUGUUCAGGCUUUGAAACAGGAAAUAGAGGUUCUAAAAGAAGAAAUAGGAAAUGCCCAGCUUGAAAAGGCUCACCAGUUAUCUGUUUCUUCUCAAGUUCAGGAACUUCAGAACUUAUUAAGAGGCAAGGAAGAAGAGUUGAAGACCAUGAAGGCUGCUUUAGAAGAAAAAGACAAAGACCUGACAGAUAGAGGGAAAUGGAUACAGGAUCUCCAAGAGGAAAACACAUCUUUAAAGGCUUCUUUUCAAGAGGCAGCACAGCCUGCUCUGCCUGAGGCGUGUUCCACACCACAAUGUGAAGAACUUGAAAAUGUGUUGAAAGAAAAGGAAAAUGAAAUUAGGAGAAUAGAAGCCAUAUUAAAAGUCACAGAGAGUGAUCUUUCCAACAAAUCAAAAUUGUUACAGGAGAUACAAGAUGAAAAUAAAUUAUUUAAAUCUCAAAUUGAACGGCUUAAUCAGCAGAACCACCAACAGGCAUCUUUUCCCUCUCAGGAAGAAUUACAAACAGUAAUUUCAGAAAAAGAAAAAGAAUUAACUGAUCUUCAUAAUGAGUUAGAUUCUUUGAAGAAUGCUGUUGAACAUCAGAGGAAGAAAAACAAUGACCUUCGGGAGAAAAACUGGGCAGCAAUGGAAGCAUUGGCAUCAACUGAAAAAGUGCUGCGGGACAAAGUGAACAAGACCUCCAAGGAAAGACAACAACAUGUGGAAGCUGUUGAGUUAGAGGCCAAAGAACUUCUCAAAAGAUUAUUUCCAAUGGUGUCUGUUCCUUCUAAUUUGACUUACAGUGAAUGGCUACGUGGCUUUGAAAAGAAGGCAAAAGCAUGUAUCGCUGGAACUUCGGAUGCAGAGAUGGUCAAGGUUUUGGAGCACAGGUUGAAAGAAGCUGAUGAAAUGCAUGCACUGCUACAGAUAGAGUGUGAAAAAUACAAAUCCGUCCUUGCAGAAACAGAAGGGAUCUUACAGAAGCUGCAGCGCAGUGUGGAGCAGGAAGAAAGUAAAUGGAAGAUUAAAGCUGACGAGUCACGGAGGACUAUUAAGCAGAUGCAGGCCUCCUUUACAUCGUCAGAGCAAGAGCUGGAGCGACUAAGAAGAGACAACCGAGAAAUGGAAAAUCUGAGAAGAGAACGAGAACACUUGGAAAUGGAGCUAGAGAAGGCAGAGAUUGAACGGUCAACUUAUGUGACAGAAGUCAGAGAGCUGAAAGAUCUGUUGACUGAAUUGCAGAAAAAACUUGAUGACUCAUAUUCUGAAGCAGUAAGACAGAAUGAGGAGCUUAACUUGUUGAAGACACAAUUAAAUGAAACACGAACAAAACUUCAAAAUGAACAAAGUGAGAGAAAGAAGGUAGCUGAUGAUUUGCAUAAGGCUCAACAGUCACUGAACUUUAUCCACUCAAAAAUUUCACUAAAAGCUGCUGGAGACAAUGCUGUUAUUGGGAAUAGUAGUGUUUCCCCAGAAACGGGAGCUCCUGAGAAGGAGACAAUGUCUGUGAGUCUGAAUCAGACUGUGACCCAGUUACAGCAGCUGCUUCAAGAAGUCAACCAACAACUUAUGAAGGAGAAGUGAUCCUGACUGUGGGAGUGAAGUCAUUGGAAAUUACUCGUUAGAACUUAACAGAAGGCAUUGUAUUAUAUUUUGCCAAAUUAAAGCCUUAUUUAUGUUUUCACCCUUUCUACUUUGUCAGACACUGAACAGUUUUGUCUUUUCUAACCCUUGUUAGACUACUGACUUACAGAGAAAACACUUUAAAAAAGCCAACUCUGUAGACACCUUCAGAGUUUAGUUUUAUAAUAAAACGGUUUGAAUAAUUAGACCUUAAAAUAAAUGUAAUCUUUUACCUUAUUUCGCUCAAAUUGUUCAGAAGAUCAAAGUGGUAUAGACAGUGUGAAAUAUAACAUUUUAAUACUGAUGUUGUACACUGCUUUACCUAACAUUUGGGAAGUAACUGCCUCUGACAUCAACUCAAGGGAACACUUUUGUUGCUAAUGUAAUCAGCAAAUAAAGGGACACUUAUUAUUCAAA